AUGGAGACCUGGUAUAAUCAAAAUUGCUGUUAUCGUUCAAAAGUUGUUUUGAUUUGGGUUCUGCCUAUACUCACUAUACUUGCCAUAAUUGCCAUCAUCACGGGUAGAGUUUCCACUAAGAAGCACUGUCGUUCUUCCAAGGAUAAAGCUACCAAUCUCCAAUUAACUGUCCCUUAUUGUUCUUCCUCUUCUUCUUCGUCUCCACCUACUUGGGAUGUGUUCUUGAGCUUCUACGGUAAGGACACUCGUGGAAACUUUACUUCACAUCUUUACUUUGCUUUGGAUAAAGCUGGAAUUCUAACAUUCAAAGAUGAUCAUGCACUCGAAAAGGGCCAAGAAAUAUCCUUCAGUCUACUGAAUGCAAUUAGGAAUGCAAAGAUGUUUAUCGUUGUUCUUUCAGAGAACUAUGCUCAGUCACCAUGGUGCCUUGACGAGCUUGCAGAGAUCAUUCGUUGCAAGAGAACAAAAAAACAGGUUUUACCUGUAUUUUACUAUGUUGAUCCAUCAGAUAUUCGGCACCAGUAUGGGAGUUUUGGGAAAGCUCUUGAUGGUCAUAAGCAGUGUUAUUCCAUUGAUGUUAUUGAGAAGUGGAAAUCAGCACUUUCUGAAAUCGCUCAACUUUCAGGGUACCAUCUCAGAAAAGAAGCGCAUGAGAAUGAAUCAGACACUAUUCAAGAAAUUGUGGGGAAUGUGGUCAAACAGGAAUCUAAUGCAGUAUCACAAUUUGAAAAUUAUCUAUUUGGGAUAGAUUCUGCUGUUGAAGACAUACAUCAAAAGCUGAGACUAGAGGCUGAUGAUGUACGUGUCAUUGGUAUAUGUGGAAUGGGUGGAAUCGGGAAAACUACAAUUGCUAAAGCUUUCUACAAUAGUUAUUUCAACAAAUUUGAUAUUAGCAGCUUUAAUGAAAAUGUUAAACAGUAUCCACAUGGAGGUAGUUCUCUACUUCCUUCACUUGAGCAACUCCUGAUUGAUCUUUUCAGAAAGAAGGAUUCUAAGGUUCCUGAUAUUGGAAGUAGAAUAAGGAAAUUAAAACAAAUUCUUUAUUCUAAGAAAGCUCUCAUCGUUCUGGAUGAUUUGGACCAAUCAAAUUACACAGAAUUGCUAGCAAACCUUGGUAACUUCAUUUCAGCUGGAAGUAGAAUUGUUAUAACGACAAGAGAUGCAAGCCUCCUAACUAAAUUAAAAGCGGUUAUGUUAGUAGAUAUAUACAUGGUGAAGACAUUAGGAAAAGUUGAUUCAUUGGAGCUCUUUAGCUAUCAUGCCUUCAGGAAACCAGUGCCGCCUGAAAAUUUCAGGGAGCUCUGCCUAAGCUUUGUUACUUAUGCUGGAGGUCUUCCAUUAGCUCUCAAGGUGCUGGGUUCAUCUUUACUUGAAAGGAAUUAUGACUUCUGGAAAGCCAAACUUGAAAAAGUUCAACAAAUUCCAGAGAAUGAUAUACAAAAAAUCCUUAAACUGAGUUAUGAUGAAUUAGACGAUGAGACAGAGAAGGAAAUUUUCUUGGAUAUUGCAUUCUUCUUCGUUGGAGAGGACAGAGAUGAUGCUGCUUGUGUAUUUAAAUCUUGUGGCUUCUUCCCGGAAGUUGGAAUACCAAUUUUAGUGGAGAAAUGUCUACUCAAAAUUAAUACAAAUAAUAAGUUUGAGAUGCAUAAUCUUAUCCAAGACAUGGGAAAGAAACUUGGAAGGAGCACACGCUUGUUCUUGCGAGGAAAUGCAUGGAAGGAUUUGCAAAAUCUAGAGGUAAUCAAAAUGAAAACACUAUUAUAG